CUCGAGUAUUUUCAUAUUGUGUUUUGUGAUUCAAUUAUUGUAAUGUGUUUCCACCUGCUCGCGGCGGUGACCGUCGCAUUCUGGCUAGCGGUUCAGUCGCAUUCUCUAAUUCAAACUCUGCCUGGUUUUCCCGGCAAACUUCCCUUCAAACUUCAUACUGGGUAUGUUGGUGUGGGAGAAUCAGAAGAAAUACAACUGUUUUACUACUUUAUUGAGUCCCAAAGGAGCCCUACAAGUGAUCCCCUUUUCAUUUGGCUCACCGGCGGUCCUGCCUGUUCCGGUCUUUCUGCAAUCCUUUAUGAGAUUGGACCUAUCCAAAUUGAUUAUGCUAACCCCAAUGGGAGCAUACCUGCCCUCGUGUUGAAUCCAUAUUCUUGGACUAAGGUAGCCAACAUUAUAUUCAUAGACCAACCUGUUGGUACUGGAUUUUCGUAUGCAAAAACUCAACAAGCUUAUAAGACCAGCGACACUCUUUCAGCUACGCUUACUUAUGAUUUCCUUAAAAAGUGGUUUAUAAAUCAUCCCCAAUAUUUGAAGAAUCCGCUGUAUAUUGGUGGUGGCUCUUAUGCUGGCCUUAUUGUCCCUCUUGUUGUCGACCACAUAUAUAAUGGUAUUGAAGCCGGGAGCGAACCUCCUUUGAAUAUCAAAGGCUAUGUACUGGGAAAUCCAUUUACUGAUGUUAAUGGAACGUCGGGAGAAGUGAAUGGAAGAGUUGCUUAUGCUUAUCGAAUGGGACUCCUGUCAGAUGAAUUCUACAUGUCUGCUAGAGAAAAUUGCAAUGGUAAUUACCUGAACAUUCUGUGAAAGUGUGUCCAUGCAAACUACUGGAGCUCAGCUUCUGAGCUCGGAAAUGAAGCUCGGCUUUGAGUCCGGUUGUGAUCGAGUGGUGGAGCCUCGGCAGCUCCGAGAAGAGAUCAAGAAAUAAA